AUGGUUGAGGGUGAAUCAAGCAAUGCAAGGGAGAGAAGGCUUAAAAUACAAGCCGAUUUGGCGGCAAUGACUCAAAGGAUGGAAGAGUCUGAUGCAGAGGAGUAUGUCUACUCUGAGGAGGAGUCUGAGAGCGAGAGACUGAGGGAGGAAAGGAGAACCAAAAAGAGGAAUGACUCCAUUAGUAGUGAGAGUGAGCAAGGAGAGUUUGAGAUUGGGGUGAACCUUGUUCAAGAGGAGGGUGAUGGUUCUCCAAGUGAAGAAGGAAGUGAUGACUCUGAAAGUGAAGAGGAAGGAGAGGAAGUGAAUCAAUUGGUUGAUGAGAGUGAGCAAGAGAGUAACCAAGAUGAACCCAUGGAGGUUGAGCCACAAGAGAAGGAGGAAGAACUCCCUAUGUACCAAGAGCACUACAAUGCUCUCUUCUCCAUGGAUUUUGUGAAAACAAGAUACCCACAUGUUGACACAAUGAAGGCCCUUGGAAUCUUUGAGGAUGUGGAGCUAGUUCUCAAGAACAUGCACUUGGGAAAGUUUUUCUCUCAUCUCACCUACAAAGAGCUCACUUGCGAGUUCUUGGCUUCAAUGAGGUUGCAUUUGCAUACAUAUGCAUGUUUGGCCUUUGAAAUAGGUCUUUUGGAGCAUUCUGGAGCAUAUGGACAUGAGGAGCAUGGAGGGACUUGGCGCAUGGAAGCAGCUCAACUGGACACGCAAAGGAAGAAGGGAGAAGCCAUCUUGAAGACCAGCUCGACCACUACUCGACCAACCGGUCGAGUUCCUCAACUCGACCGGCCAAGCUUCAACUCGAUCGAGCUGAGAAGUCAAAGUCAAACCCGAAAAAUGUUGCUUCCCCCUUGA